CGCAAGUUCUGGCGUUCGUUCAUUUCCCCAUCUCCCGCACUUUCACUCCCCGUUCUGUUGUUCCCAUCCACCCGUAGCCUUUCUCCCAUAGCCAUCCACCCGUUCCCCAGACUCAGUUCACCUCGCUCUCGAUAAUGCCGAUGCACAUGAAGGUGGUGGCUGCCAUCGUUGCUGCCCUCGCCCUUCUCUCCCUGCUGCCCCAGGCCAAGGCUCAAAGCGCCAAGAGUACGACUGCACAGGGGGGCGGGAAAAGACCAGCGAAAGGCCGCCCGCUUUCCAUCCUGGCCGGUUCGAGCUCUUUGUACGCAUGAUCUGUGGUUGGGAUGAGUGCAGGUUUCCUCAACAUCCACCCUCCCACCGAGAAGCACCAGAAGGAUCCCUUCUUGAGCCCUCUCCGCAUCGAGGAGGCCCGAGAGGGGAUGCCCGAGGUGACCUCCAACACCAAGCUCAAGCAAUUCAUCGACAACGUCCUCAUACACGCAUCCACCAAUGAGGGCGGCACCGAUUCUGCAUGCAAAAGGUUUGGGUGAUGGAUUUUCUGUGGCGUAGAUCUGGCCAUUGGUGUGCCCUCUGUGUGGCGUGUGGCGUCUGUUGUGUGUGGGUGCAGGUGCCCCUGAACUGCAUGGUGGCCAGUGACGAGGUGGAGGGGCUGGGGUGCUGUGAGAUCGAGAAGCUCCAUGGCGUCAUGAAGAACACUCACUUUCACUUCUGCCUGACCAAGGACAUCUGCAGCUUCUUCGACUCGCCGCAGAUCACCCAGGAGCCUGGCCGAGGCGGAUUCCAGCAGUACACAAUGACCAACUUCAAGGAGUUCGAAUGAAAAUGACCCGGUCGAGAAGAAGGGCCCAGGAGGGGGCGGGGUGAGGGGGUACCACGCCGGUUUCUUUUCUUUUCCUUUCGUUCUUGUGUCGGUUCGGCUGGACGGUUUGAUUUCACGGAUGGAUGGAUGGAUGGGGGAUUUCUUUUGGCUUCACGAAUGCAACGGACACAUGACCACCGGUUGGUUCCUUUCAAGCUCUUAGAGUCGGAC